AUGUAUUCCUUAUCGAUUCUAGUCGGCGCUCUAGGGUUGCUUCUCAACUCGGUGGCUGCUAUCGAUGUAGACUGGUCAAGUGAUUCCUCAAUCAAGUCCGCUGCUAGCACGAUCGCUUAUGGCCUCGUCAAACAUUAUACAGGAAAUAAUACGGGCGAUGUUCCCGGGAACUUACCUGAUCCCUACUAUUGGUGGGAAGCGGGCGCGAUGUUCGGGGCGCUGAUAGACUACGCGGCUUUUACGGGCGACACGACGUACGACGACAUCACGUUCCAGGCGCUGCAGCACCAGGUCGGCGACGACGCGGACUUCAUGCCCAAGAACCAGACCAAGUCCGAGGGUAACGACGACCAGGGCUUCUGGGCCAUGGCCGCCAUGACCGCGGCGGAGAUGAACUUCACCAACCCGGACUCGGACAAGCCCCAGUGGCUAGCCCUCGUGCAGGCCGUGUACAACGAGUACGUCGGGCGCUGGGAGCCCGACACGUGCGGCGGCGGCAUGCGCUGGCAGAUCUACACGUUCAACAACGGGUACAACUACAAGAACUCGGUGUCGAACGGGUGCUUCUUCAACAUCGCCGCGCGCCUGGCCAAGUACACGGGCAACGAGACGUACGCGGAGUGGGCGAACAAGAUAUUCGAGUGGGAGCAGUCGGUCCAGUUCAUCAACGACGACUGGAACGUGCUCGACGGCGCGGGGAACGCCAACGACGAGAACUGCACCGAGAUCAACGGCGCCCAGUUCACGUACAACGCGGGCCUGUUCCUGUACGGGACCGCGGCCAUGUACAACCACACGAACGGCGCCGAGCCCUGGAAGACGCGCCUCGAGGGCCAGGCCAAGUCGGUCGCGAGCAUAUUCUUCCAGGACGGCAUCCUGUGGGAGCCCAGCUGCGAGAAGACGCCCGCCAAGUGCGACACGGACCAGCAGGUGUUCAAGGGCCACCUGAGCCGCUGGAUGGCGCUGACGUCGAUCAUCGCGCCCUUCACGGCCGAGACCUUCACGCCGCUGCUCAAGACGUCGGCCCAAGCCGCCGCCAAGGCGUGCACCGGCCCCGCGUCGUCGGACUACAAGGGCCCGGACGGCACGGCGUGCGGGUUCAGCUGGCUAGACAGCAGCUUCGACGGCAUUACCGGCGUCGGCGAGCAGAUGAACGCGAUGCAGGCGGUUAUGGCGCCUCUGGCCCACCUCGCGCAGGCGCCUUACACGUCCGAGAACGGGGGCUCGUCCCAGGGCAAUCCGAACGCCGGCGCGCAAGAUUCGAGUAAGAUCGAGCAGCCGAGGACUAUCACGACUGGGGAUAAGGCGGGGGCGGGUAUACUGACGGCUUUGGCUCUUGGUGGGUUAAUGAGUGGGAUGUGGUUUGUGUUGAUGGAUGAGAAGUAAUUGGUAAUUAUGAUGGUAUUUCCUAGGUACAUUUGUCUGGGGGGGCCAGGCGGAGGGAUAAGGCGUUGGGAAUCUUGGACUGGGUUCGUGGUAUACGAUACCUAUUGGGAUUUAUACCGAGUGGC